UUUUAAAGCAACUGAUGCAUUAUAUGUAGAGAAAAUGACCAUCAUGAACGAUGUAAAUGAAGGAAUUACUAGCAUAAAAUGCAAGCAAGUCUAUUUUAUAGACACUUUCUUUAUAACCAUGUACGAAUAGAGAAAAUAAUUCAGUACUAUGAUAUAAAAAAAAACAGAGCAGCUCUUUCUUCUUUAUUUGCAUCGUCCUCUUUCAACAAUACACAGCUUCAAGAAGAACAGUCACGAUAUUUUUAAUCUCCUCUGACCUUCCCUUAAAACUUUUUUUCAUAUUUUUUUUUUGUCUUCUCUAUCGACAACUAUGGCCAAUAAACUCGACACUUUGACUGUCAACUUAUCCAGCGCACCUUACCAACGUGCAUUUACUACCAGCACAAGCCCUGUUGUCUUAUUCACUGUGUUGGAUCACUACUUGCGUCGUGAUCAAUCUAAAGUAUUGGGUGCCAUCUUGGGUGUUCGCAGCCCUGAUGGUACUGAAGUCGAGAUCAGAAAUGCUUUCCCUUUGAUUUAUACUACAGAAAAUGAUGAUAUUGUUCUCGAUAAAGAUCAUUAUCGUACCAUGUAUGAAUUACACCAAAGAGUGAAUCCAGAUGAAAUUAUUGUGGGUUGGUAUACAGCUGGUGCUGAUUUGACACCUGCCUGUACGCCUGUUCAUUCUUUCUUUGCUGAAGAUGUGGCUCCUUUCCAACCUAUCCAUAUCACCAUUGAUACAGAUGCACUCUUAAAGACUUCUGAUAUGGGUCUUCGUGCCUAUGCUAGUGCACCUGUUGGUUUCUCUACUAAGCCUGGGGAUUGUAUGUUUUUAUCUGUUCCUUGUGAAGUGAAAUACCUUGAUGCUGAACGAAGUGGCUUGGAUAUGCUUGCUUCUGCUAAAUCAAAGGAAACCCGUACUGCUUCUUUGAUAUCUGAUAUGGAUCACCUUGAAAUUGCUAUUACUAAACUUCAAGAAAUGCUUGAAAGAAUCAGUAAAUAUGUUGACAGCGUUGUUGAUGGUAGUGUCCCACCCAACAAUGCUAUUGGUAGAUAUAUUAUGGACACUGUCUCUGUUGUUCCCAAAGUUGACAGUACAGCCUUUGAAAAGAUGUUUAAUUCUCAUUUGCAAGAUCUUUUGAUGGUUGUCUAUCUUGCCAAUAUGACACGUACGCAACUGUCUGUUGCAGAACGUUUACAGUUAUUAGUUGCCAAUUAAAAACAAGUUUGAUUCGCGUGUAUAAAAAAAAAAAAUUCCCGUCUUUUUUUGUACCUUUUACUU